AUUAAAGAGAUGAUAACCAAACUCUAUAACAAAUUAUUGGUUCCAAAGUAGGACCACUACUCCAGCCCCCACACUUAACUAAUUGAAGUCGAAAAAAAUGCGGUGUCCGUACUGCUCGGCGGAGCAAGGGCGGUGCACCACCAGCACCAGCGGCAGACCGAUAACCGAGUGCACAUCCUGCGGCCGUGUAGUGGAGGAGCGAUUAACUCAAUCCCACCAUCUUUUCCACACCCGUGCCCAAGAUUCCCCUCUGUGCCUCGCCACUUCCGACCUCCCUACUCUUCCCAUCUCCACCACUAACGACGAUGAAGACCCAUUUGAGCCAACAGGUUUCAUCACAGCUUUCUCCACUUGGUCUCUCGAACCCUACCCAGUAUUUGCCCAAUCCUCCAUUUCUUUCGCCGGUCACCUUGCUGAGCUCGAACGAGUACUUGAAACGACGUCGUCUUCCUCCUCCAGUUCGUCUACGUCAUCCGUUGUUGUGGAAAAUCUUAGGGCUUAUUUGCAGAUUAUUGACGUGGCUUCUAUUCUGCGGUUGGAUUAUGAUAUUUCGGACCACGCGUUUCAGCUCUUCAGAGAUUGUUCGUCGGCGACGUGCUUAAGGAAUCGAAGCGUUGAGGCGCUUGCUACUGCUGCUCUAGUUCACGCUAUCAGGGAAGCCCAAGAGCCAAGAACUCUUCAGGAAAUAUCGGUUGCAGCAAAUUUACCUCAGAAGGAAAUUGGGAAGUACAUAAAGAUACUUGGAGAAGCUUUACAACUCAGUCAACCUAUCAACAGUAAUUCUAUAUCAGUCCAUAUGCCAAGGUUUUGUACACUUCUUCAGCUGAAUAAAUCUGCUCAGGAGCUGGCAACUCACAUUGGUGAGGUAAUCAUCAAUAAAUGCUUUUGCACACGAAGGAAUCCUAUUAGCAUCUCCGCUGCUGCUAUAUAUUUGGCCUGUCAACUGGAAGACAAGCGGAAAACCCAGGCUGAAAUAUGUAAAGUGACUGGACUCACUGAGGUUACUCUUCGUAAGGUGUACAAGGAGCUUUUGGAGAACUGGGAUGAUCUCCUACCAUCAAGCUAUAAACCUGUCGUUCCACCAGAGAAGGCUUUUCCUACAGCUACCAUUGCUACAGGCCGUUCAUCGACACCUAGAGUUGAUUUAGUUGAAGGAACUUCGUCUGAGAGGGACAAGCCUGCUAAACUAGGCGAUUCAUUAGAUAUAUCCCCCCAGAUCAGAGGCAUGGAGGACCCCCAUAGCAAAGAUAAUGUCCAUACAACUCAAAUAUCUUGGCCACCACCAUUUUGGAAGGCUCAAGUUCCUGUUGAAAGUGGCGUUACAACAGCUACAGAGAAGAGUCAAAGUGCUACUCAAGAAAUGGAGAUCGAUUUAUUAUUCAAGUCUCAGGAAGAUGCACCAUUGCAUCAGUAGAAAAAACUGCUUCUAGUUCUUUGAGAUAGAGGAGCCACUAAGUCAGCAUAAAGAGGCAUAUGUGGUCGGAUAAACAGAUAAGCAGCUGCUUUGGGAAGAGGACAAGAGGGAGGAAUAAGGAAUUGUUCAUACAAAAAUACCUCCGAGUAAAUUUCAGUCGGUACUCUCCUGGAGCUUUGAGCGGCCAGUUCCUUAAAGGGGCAUUUUUCUGCAUACUCGACAAGUCUGAUUUUGCCUUCUACUUAUCGUAAUCCUUUCUAAUAAGCCACCGUUAGAAUGAUAAUGACAUUAGCAUUCUACUCUGUUCCAAUUUGUCGCUAUUUAGUUGUAGACUGUGUGCACCCUAUAGUAAGUAGUUAAUGAUUUAAGACUACCAAGUUAAUGAUCAAUUAAAAUGGCCAAGAAACUUUUUAUUCUCUCA